GUGCAGAGAGGGUGCACUCCCAGCUGGGCAGAGGGUGCAGAGAGGGUGCACUCUCAGCUGGGCAGAGGGCGCAGAGAGGGUGCACUCCCAGCUGGGCAGAGGGUGGCAGAGAGGAGUGAGCCCCAAGCCUGCACGCGUGCACACGCAAUGCGCGCUGCCGUUCCGUGGGAUUGCAGCAGGCUGUUUGGACUCCGAAAUUAUUUUACCUAGAAAAUUAUGAACAACAAAUUUGACGCUUUGAAAGACGAUGACAGUGGAGACCACGACCAGGACCAAGGCCCACCGAAAGACUGUGAGAAGGAAAAAAUUGAAGACGAAGAAAAGGAGCAGAACAGCUCUAAGAAAAAGAUGGUGGUUCCAGGUGCAGGAGAGCAUCCUCUGCAAUACAACUACACUUUCUGGUACUCCAGACGCACUCCGGGGAGACCAGCCAGCACACAGAGCUAUGAGCAGAAUAUCAAACAGAUUGGCAGUUUUGCCUCGGUGGAGCAGUUUUGGCGAUUUUACAGUCACAUGAUUCGACCAGGUGACCUGACGGGGCACAGUGACUUUCAUCUUUUCAAAGAGGGAAUUAAACCUAUGUGGGAGGAUGAUGCCAACAAGAUGGGGGGCAAAUGGAUCAUACGUUUGAGGAAAGGUCUGGCAUCUCGAUGCUGGGAGAACCUCAUUCUAGCAAUGCUGGGUGAACAGUUUAUGGUUGGAGAAGAAAUCUGUGGUGCUGUAGUUUCAGUUCGCUUCCAGGAGGACAUUAUUUCUAUCUGGAACAAAACUGCUAGCGACCAAGCGACAACCGCCCGAAUUCGAGACACCCUUCGUAGAGUUCUGAACCUUCCUCCCAACACUAUAAUGGAGUAUAAGACCCAUACAGACAGCAUUAAGUAUAGCAUGGGAAGACUUCCAUGGGCUGGUGAAUGCUAGUGGUGGUCGAUAACCCUCCUGCCUCGAAGUUGCAACAUUGGCGUGUGCAUUUGUGAGGUUCUGGGGGAUUGCAAGCCCGGAGAGAUAUUCCUGCAUGGACUGGCACUGCAUAAAGACUUGAGAAGGUUAGAACUGGAAGAAGACGAGUCUUUGUUGUAUCAAAACCAAAAAAUGUUCAGCAGACGACAGACUGAACCAAGUCGACAAACAUCUAAUAGUUGGUCAACUAAAGCAGCCUUGGUCGCCCUGUUUUUGUAAAGCAAGUUACACAUCUAUGAACUUGCCACCAGAGGGAGGCUAUGAGCUGGCUGUUAGCUGAGCUGUACGUGUUCUCAAAGUGCACUUGACAAAAUACAUCAAAACCAACCUGUUCAUCUACAUGGCCAUUUAUUGUUUAAUAUCACAUUUCUUGUCUAGACUUUAUCUGUUUUAUUGGGACUCAAACAGGGUUGCGGUUACAUGCCAUUUUAUUACAAUGAAAUUUAUUUACAAUACAUUUGUUUGAAUAGGAAUUGCAAUUACUUAUUGUGUAUUACCCACUGUAUUUGUAAAUGCAGUCCAUUCAAACACUACACACUGAUGUAAAAUGUCUUUUUUUUUUUUUUUUUUUUCCCUGAAGUCAAUUCCGAAGAGAGACUGAGCUGGCAGAAGGCCUUGUGUUUGAAGAGCAUUUUUAUAAUGCCAAACACCUCAAAACCAGUUUCUCUUCAGCCGUUUUGUCUUUGCCAUGGUUUUAUGAAUAUGAAGAAAUCUUUAACUGUUGUAUAUAAAUGGUCUGAAAAUGAUUUUUAUAUUUUGUAGAAAUUGCUGAGAGACUACAUAACAUUAUCAGUCAAGACACAUGUUUUAGAUUAAUGUCUAAAUUCUGCUGAAACAAUGCAGCCCAGCAAGUGAUAAAACAAACAGCGUUGUCAGAGGUUAAUAAAAGGCAGAUUUAUACCAAUAAAUGUCAAAUAUGCAGUUUCUUCAAGAA